AUGUCCGGGGAGGAUGUUUUGAUCCCGGACGACAGGGCUUUUAGCAAUUUCAAAAACGAAUGCAACUCGGAAGACGGAUGGAACUUGACCUACAACAAGUCCGGCAUCACAGUUUGGAUACAGAUCUUAGAAGAGGAGAAAUCUUUACACAAAAUAAAGUGUCGGAUGGUGUGUAAGGACGUCGGCGCGGAAACCAUGUACGACGUCCUUCACGACAUCGAGUACCGGAGGAAAUGGGACGCCAACGUGAUCGAAACGUUCGACAUCGGCAAGCUGACGGUCAACGCCGACGUCGGCUACUACUCCUGGAAAUGCCCUAAACCUCUGAAGAACCGUGAUGUCAUCACCCUGCGCUCCUGGCUGCCAAUGGGAAACGAUUACAUCAUCAUGAAUUACUCCGUCAAACACCCCAAAUACCCUCCUAAGAAGGACAUGGUUCGAGCAGUGUCCAUUCAGACAGGUUAUUUAAUCCAGUACAACGGACCGUCCAGCUGCACUUUAACCUACCUGGCCCAGGUGGAUCCCAGAGGUUCUCUGCCCAAGUGGGUUGUCAACAAGUCUUCCCAGUUUCUCGCUCCCAAAGCGAUGAAGAAGAUUUACAAAGCGUGUGUGAAGUACCGGGAGUGGAAGCAGAGACACAGUCCCGGGUACAAACCGUGGCUCUUCCCCGAGCAGAACCCCCUGUCCAGCAUCCCUCUGUCCGAACUCAGCAUCCAGCAUGCAGACUCGCUGGAGAACAUCGACGAGAGCGGAGUCAGCGAGAGCAAAGACGACAGAGCCGACCUCAGUGACGACGAAGCAGCCAACUAAGAGAGAG